AUGCAAUUGGUGGUGCCUGAGACGCUUCAGGUGAUCAUCAAGGAAUUGGUCGGACCUAUGAUCGGAUCCGCGAUCGCUUCCACUGGAGAGGGUUAUACGAGAGUGUGGGAGAAUGUGUUGAUUGUGAAACAAGCAAAGGACGACCUCGUAUCCAUGGUUAGCCACCUGGCAACAUACCCAUUCCAGAUCAUUGCCAUGGAUCGCAUACCCUCGCUGCCAAGAUCUUUCAAUGGCAACACCGAGCUGUUGAUCUUCGUGGAUCUAUUCUCUGGAUACGUGAUUGCCGAGGCCAGCGCCCCUAGAUCUGCACAGAUGAUCGCUGAGACUUACGAAGAAAGCGUUCUCCAUAGAUUUGGUGCGAACAAAAGCCAGGCUGACUUUUUCAAGUCUUCAACUAGAUCUUGGGUCAACGCCAACGCACUACUAUGGAUUACUGACCCCAAUCUAAUGGAUCCGCAGAGCGGAUGGUCGAGACUACUACCAGAGCUCUUAAGAUGUAUGUGCAGGAUCUGGAUCAACAUGAUUGGGACGAAUACGCAGAACGACUCAUCUUCGCGAUCAACACCGCAAGAGAUCGGAUCCGGGAUCCAAUCUAGAAACGGUGAUCCCGGUGGGGAGCACUCGCAGGCACGAUCGAGAUCCAAGAAGGUGGCGAUAUCAGGUGCAAAAGCUCGAGAACAAGUUAACCGACGUUUACGCGAAGCGAUCGCGGAUCUAGCUGACACGCAUACGCCCACAUCCAAUGGAUGCUGGAUCAAGAGUCCGGUUGUACUUGGAUCGAGAUCAACGUACAGCAUCUUUCCGGUGGUACAUAUCUCGAAGAUCAAACCGGUCAGGAUGUUCCCAGAUCGAUCUGUAGCUCAUCUACUGGAGUCGGAUGCAGAUCGAGUUGACUUCGAUGAAGCUCUCCUACCUGAAGAUAGUUGGAUCCAAGAUCGAGGUCCAGAUGAAUACGAAGUGGAUCGAAUUUCCGAUAUGAGGGACUGGUAA